AUGCCGCCCGCCCGCCCUGCCCGCUCGGCGGUGAACUCGGGCAUGGCACUCAGCAGGGCAGAGACAUCCAUCCUGGGCCCUCCCAGGGGACGCCGGCAAACAGAUUGCCGGUGGAGCCUGUACGUGUGCGCAUCUUCCUGCGGAGUCAUCGCCGUCUCCAGGCGCCCGGCGCUCUCUGGGCACUCGCCGUGGUUUGCUGCCGUGGAAGCCUGUGUCUUGUACGGCUUGAAGCGGAGGGCGGCAGGAUUCCUGCGCAGCAACAAGAUAGCAGCGCUGUUUAUGAAGGUCGGAAAGAGCUUUCCUCUGGCAGAGGAGCUUUGCAAGAAGGUGCAAGACCUGGAGCAGCUUAUCGAGAACGCACGAAAUCAAGUCCAGGGCAUCCCGGAGAACGUGCGCAAGAUGCCGAAGCUGCCCAACCUGUCUCCCCAAGCCAUCAAGCACCUCUGGAUCCGCACAGCCCUCUUUGAAAAGGUCUUGGAUAAAAUCGUGCAUUACUUGGUAGAAAACAGCAGUAAGUACUAUGAGAAAGAAGCGCUCCUGAUGGAUCCUGUGGAUGGGCCAAUUCUUGCGUCUUUACUGGUGGGGCCCUGUGCACUAGAGUACACGAAGAUGAAGACUGCUGAUCACUUCUGGACAGACCCCUCCGCUGACGAGCUGGUUCAGAGGCACCGGAUCCACAGCUCGCACUGUCGCCAGGACUCGCCCACCAAGCGCCCGGCGCUCUGCAUUCAGAAGAGGCAUUCGAGUGGCAGUAUGGAUGACCGGCCAUCGCUGUCUGCCAGGGACUACGUGGAGUCGCUGCACCAGAAUUCCCGAGCCACGCUCCUCUACGGCAAGAACAAUGUCCUGGUGCAGCCACGAGAUGACAUGGAGGCCAUCCCGGGAUAUCUGUCCCUUCACCAGACUGCCGACAUCAUGGCGCUGAAGUGGACUCCCAACCAGCUGAUGAACGGCUCCGUGGGGGAUCUGGACUACGAGAAGAGCGUGUACUGGGACUACGCCAUGACUAUUCGCCUGGAGGAGAUCGUCUAUUUGCACUGUCACCAGCAAGUAGACAGCGGUGGAACGGUUGUGUUGGUGAGCCAGGAUGGGAUUCAGAGGCCCCCGCUGCGGUUCCCCAGGGGAGGGCACUUACUGCAGUUCCUGUCGUGCCUGGAGAACGGCCUCCUGCCCCAUGGCCAGCUGGAUCCACCCCUCUGGUCGCAGCGAGGAAAGGGGAAGGUGUUUCCCAGGCUGAGGAAGCGAAGUCCCCAGGGCUCCUCCGAGUCUGCAUCCGACAAGGAAGAGGAGGAAGCCACCGAUUAUGUUUUCAGGAUCAUCUACCCAGGGACACAGUCUGAAUUCGGUGAGUGCGUUGGCAGAGUGUUUCAG